CAAGACUGCAAAGUGUGUGAGACUUCUCUUGUUUUGUACCCUACUAAUACACUGAUGGACAUAAUUGAGAAGGGUCUGGAAAUCACUGAUGAUAACUUCAUAGCAUUUUUUAAAGGCCUAUUACCCAGCUAGGAUCACUCAUCCUGACAGAUCUGAGGAGAGGAAAAGAAUUUGUUUCACCAAUAAAGAAGACACAAGAGGGACAUGGUGACGAGGGCCUAAACCACUGCAAAACUGAAAGGUGAGGGACUGUCCCAGGCACACUAGUCAACGUCAACUCAGGCAAACCUAUCUUGGAAAGCUGAACACUUAAAUUUUGAUCUCUGUUACUGGUCUUGUGUUGGUGUCAUCACUUAUACCUUGGACAGCUAGACUCUCAGAAGGAAGGCCAGGGAGAGGGAAGCUGGAAACUCUUCAGUGGCAAGCUGUGCAGGUCAGACUGUUGCAAGAAGUGAUACUAGAGGUGCAGCAGCUGGUGGGGAAGAAAGAAGAGGGAGGCAUCAUGUGGAACUGCACUGCAAGGCAAGAGUGAUGAAGGUUUGUCACUACAUUGUUCAUUGAGCAUUGUGAAUUGUUCCAUCCAGUGAACAGGAACUCUGUGAUCCAUUUCCUGUACAUCAAAGCAUCCUUUUUGCUUUUAUCAAGAAGAUGCUACCUUUGAGGAUGUGAAUGGGAUACAGAAGUCCAAAUGCCAUUGACAGUUGAUGGAACUAGGGUCCAAAAGACACAGCUGACUGCUGAAAAUGUGACAUAGAUGUCUAAGGGUACUGGAAAUGCAGGAAGUUAACAAAAGAAGGAAGAGAGGCAGUCCUUUUUAGAGACUUCAGACUUGUGAUGAAAUUGAAAUGCAAUGGGUCCAUGUCUUCCCAGAAACUUUCCGUGCCUUAUUGCAGCUGGGGCUCAACUCAGACUCCUGUGAGUGCUUCUUCUAUUUUGGAAAAUGCCAAAUCUUAUGACAAUGAAGUGUUUGGAAUUGAAAGACCAAAAAGAAAUUUUCAGCAAGAUUCUUGGUUAGAAGAAAAGUUCUACAAGGCACUUGAAACACCGCUUACUGUAAUGUACAACCGUGCAUUUCCUGACAAAGCUGUCAAAUGUUAUAAGGCUUAUAUCUACCUGUCUCCACAGUACACUGUAGAGCAAGAAGAGAGAAUAAGUAUAACUGAGUUGUUGUCUGGGAUUGACACAGUAAGUAGAGCUUUGAAGAAUGAGAAAAAGGAGAAAUUUUCAUCUCUCAGCAGAUCCUUGGAUUCACCCAGUGCUUCUCCUAGACCAUGCGAUAUUCCUGGGUUUCAGAUCACACACAAAGGCAAAGUAUACCAGGACUGGAGAGGUGUGAUUGUACCAAAUCCUGAGAAGGAGCAUGACCAAAUGAGGCAAAAAUGCAUAAGAGUGAAGGGUAAGAAGAUAGACUUCCCAGUCUACAAGAAGAAAAGUGCUGCAUCAGGUGCUAAGUCAGAAAGGAGAGAAAAUUGUCAGAAAUUCAGUCAGAAAGUCAGAAAGUUGAGUGACAAACGCCUUUCUCUUCAAACCCAGAAGAAGGAAAAGAAAAAUGUAACUCACCUGGAAGACUUUGGAGCUUUUUGUGAUUGUACAAAGGAUCCUGGCAGCAGAGAAGUACUUAAAGCAGUCAUUUGCAUUCAGAGAUAUGUGAGAGGGUGGCUUGUACGCAGGGCAUUCAAGAGGGUAAAAAUUAAGUCAGCAAGUCAUGGACCAUCCUUACUAGCAGUUGUAAGGUACUAUCGUAAAAUGAUGACACGCAUUAAACAUCGAGCUGGUGUUUUGGAUCUGUCUACACCACUUCAUUAUUUUGAAUUAGAGGAGUGGAUGGACAAGAAAAAAUUUUAUGAAGCGAUGUUUUUCAAGAGAGAGCUUGACAAAAAGAUGGACAGAAAGCAGUUGUCUGAAUUUUUUAGAGACUGUGGAUAUUUUAUACCUGCCAGUGGAAUACACCAGGUCUUCCAGCUGGUCUCUCCAGCUUCCACAGCUUCUGUAAGAAGCAUCAAAAAACAUCAAGCAAUUGAAAUGGCUUUCACAUUAUUUCCUCCCCUUGGUGCAAAAGUGAAGAAUGUAGUUACAGUGCCACUACCAUGGCUGCACCCUCUGCUGGAUGGAAAAGUUGGAUCCAAGAAAGCAGCAUUUUCCCGUAAGAAGUCAAAGAAAACUGAUUUUCAAGUGUCAGCUGCAUUAGUGAUUUCUUCAAUGAAAGAGCAGGAAAAAAAAACACCUCUCUGAUCAGGAUUGUUGGUGUCACUGCAUGAAAAAGAGAUGGUGGAGUCUUUAGAAAUCAAACUCCAGUGUAGAAACACUCUUUCAUUGGAAAGAAUAUUGCAUCUGAGAGUAAGCAAGACACAGGGCUCCUUCAUGUUAAAGACAUUCUCAAGUAGGUUAUAAAAAUUAAAUUGAAAAUCUCCAGCAGGUUAUGUAAUUUUAGACCAAUCAGUUUGCACUUGAUAGGGUAAAACAGUGUGCAAUGUACAUAAUAGAUUCAAAAAUUAAAACGCUAUGAUGUAGUCAACUGAGAAGAAAAGCAUAAAAAUAUACUAUCCGGUAGCCUUUGUAGAGCAACAUAUAAGCCAGUGUGUUUAUUUUUUUUAAGGCAAUUUGUCUUUCAAAUGUAUAAGGGACAGAUCUUUAUUCUACCAGUCUUCCAGUAGCUUCCUUCUCUAAAAAUUCAGUAUUUCAGAACAUGAGGCCUAAAAGAGUAAAUUAUGCCUCUGAUUUUUUUUCAUUGGGUGCAGAGGAACCGCUGUCCCUUAAACUGGCAUAAUUGUGUUGUGCAACAUGGAGACAAGAAUCAAUAAGGGCAGGCAGGGCUUGUUUCUUUUGCUCCGUAAGCACAGCCAACAACUGAUGCAAGAAACCCAUUAUUAUUUUCAUAGAGAUUUUUUCUCCUGUGCUGCACAGGCACACCAGCAGCUGGUUCAGCAUCCAUCCCACCUGGAGGUGAGAGGCAAUGGGGACCCUCUAAAAUAGUUGUGGUGCUCAGGGAGAAGUGUCUACCCACUGCCAGCUGAUUCCCUUUAGGAGCUGCCAACUGUCCAUCCCCAGCUGUUCAUGCUCCUUCAGCCCAAACAAGAUGCUUAAGAAUCUGGCUGAAAGAAAGAAUUGAUUACUGUUUCUGAGAUAAAAAUGACCUACCAGGUUAUCAGCUAACCACUUUUCUGCACCCCCCCUUCCCGAUUAAUUUGAAGGAAUAGACAUGUGGCAUAUGUGCAACUCAUGCUGCAGCUUUAAUGGGGACUUGGAGGCAGUAAAAAACUUGGGGAAGGUUUGAAGCAUUUAGUACUGCUGGAUGAAUUGUUUGCUCUCUCUUAGUGGAAGUAGUAGGGUAACUGGAAGGAUUCCUUUUCUCUGCCUUCCUUUCUCAUAUUAAAUACAAAUGUAAAAAAUACUGUUCUGAAUAGAUGUUGUUCCAGGACGUGUAUUCUGGCUCCAUCCAUCUUCUAAAAGGAAGGUAUUCGUGUUCACCUUUGCCUGCUUCUGGCUUUGAAAUUAUUUUUUAUUGUUUUUCUUUUUUUUUUUUUCUGCUAUUAAAUAAAAAUUCUAUUAUUUUUAUUAUAUUCCUAUUUUUUUUCUAAUACAUUUCUGCCUUGCUCUUGACUGUAAAAAAUGCCAUCCAAUAUUGAAAAUACUAAGUAAAAUAUCUAACAUUACCUGAAUGGUUUGCUCUUCCUCAUCCUCUCCAGACAGAGGAUGCACAUCCAUGAUCUGUUAUCACUGCUAGACCUUUGGAUAUGGCUCACCACUAGUUCCUCCAUUUUUCCACUUGCCAUAUCACCCAAGCAUGAAAUCAUAUCAAGGAUGGAACCCCAUUUUGCAUUUGUCUGAGCCAGCUGCAUCACACAGCAGCCCUAGCACCUCCCUCUGCCUUGUCAAACUGUAUUUGUACCUUCUGUGACUACAUCAGUAUUCACUAUUAGUGUGGCAUCCAGGUUGUUUUUGGCAGGCAGCUGCCCUCACUCCCCACUCCUUCCACCCUUGGGGCUUCCCACCUGACAGAGAGCAUGGCUGUUCAUUUGGCUGCUCGACACCUCCACUUUGCCCUCUGUCACUGUGGGGUUCAGCCCCCCAGGGUCCCAACCCUUGCCCCACUGGCUGCUUUACAGCAUGGUGACUUGCGUUA